AUGUUCUCUCUCAGCAAUCGCGUAUCUGCUGCCAGAGCAUCUUUGCGGGCCUUUUCCACAACUCCGUCGCGUUCAGCAGACCUCGCAAAACUUAUGCUCAUCGGUCGCUUGGGAAAAGACCCUGAGGUUCGCACCACGAAGAAUAACAAGGAAUAUGUGCAAUACACAGUAGCCACCACGAACUAUCCCCCUGGCCCGCCUAAUGCAGAUGGUUCCCGAGGCGACAAGACGACGACUUGGCAUUCCGUCCUGUCCUUCAAUAAUAGUGCUAACGCCUUCCUCCGCACCUUGAAGAAGGGGUCUCAGGUGUUUGUGGAGGCAAAUUUCGAGUUGCGAGAGCCUGACCCCAGCGCCGAUCCUGAUACCCCUCAGGGUCAGAGACAAAUAUUCUUGCGACAUGAGUCCAUUAGAGUGCUGCGGUCCAACAGACCACAAGAGGAGGAAGGUGGUGCAGAGGAAGCAUAG